UAUAGGCCAAGCGAAUGACGGUCAACCAACCUGAAGGCCACGGCACUUCUAAAUCCAUCUCGUCAACAUUGGCAAAAGUCAUUUGAAUUCUCAGAUAGCUACAACACGCAAUAAAGGUGUGCCAUAGCAAGCGACAAACAGUGGCGAUCUGUACCACUGAAUAUCACGCCCUUCGCGUCCCUUUCAGUUGAACUUAUAGACACUUUUCAGUUAUCUAAAUGUCAGCGGAACGCAAAUACAGUGACCCCUGGCAGAACAGAGAGCAAGCGUCUCAAACCGAUGAUGCAGAUGCUGCGAAGACGGGAACAGAAACCGACAAGGCCGGUUUGUAUGUCGGAAGUGUGGACACAGGUUUUUGCAGCGAGGAGGCAGUUGGGCCGGGAAGUCUCCAAACCACAGCAAGCAGUGAUGACACGGACAACUUCGAAAUUUUCGAUUCACUUGUUGCCAGCCAAGCGAACGCCCGGUCACAACAACAUGGCAGCCAACAGCCAGAUGAGAUCUCCGAUCCGUGGAGGAGAGAAAAAAAUGUUAUUGUCGCGGUUGAUGGAAGUGACCAUGGUGACAGAGCAUUAGAUUUCUACCUCGACAACGUGCACAAGAUGGAGUACCAGAUUGUGCUGACUCAUUGUGCAAACGUUCCCAGGAUCCCUCUCUGCGAUGAAAUUCCCAGAGAGGAGUGGAAUACACAGCUAGAGGAUAAAGACAAGAGCAUUCGUAUUAUGGAGCAGGAUUACGCCGCCAAGCUACGGAAUGAAGGGGUGACAUUUACAACUCGAUUCUUCUACCACCCGAAACCCGGAUGUGGGAUCCUACAAGUCGCGGAAGAAGAAAAUGCUGUGCUCAUUGUCACCGGAAGUCGUGGCAUGGGGCGCAAGCGCAGAACGGUUCUAGGGAGCGUAUCGCACUAUAUUCUGCUUCAUAGUAAAAUCCCUGUUGUGGUUUGCCCGGCGGAGAACUACAAGCACAGAUAUCAUUACGACACAGCCUCUGAGAUAAUAAAAUCACGAGCUGAAUUGGAUCUUAUUCAGGAAUCUAAUGUUCAUCCGAAAAUGCGGCUGUCGCACGAGGAUCUCUCUGCUGUACCAGAGGACAAUCCAUCUCCUGGAUUAAAUAGGCAUAGUUUCGUACGUAUUGAUAUUUAGGAUGGACCUAAAACUGCUUCAUUCACACUUACAGGCAAAAUGUUCAUCGAGCUCGUUCAGUAGCUAGGCCUGAAUUCCUUUAACUUCUAGGUGAGGAGCAAAAAAACGUAAUGCUACUCGUGAGCGUUUUGCGAGCCUUUACGCGGGUUGAGUGUCAAUGGAAUUUAUGGGUCUCUAGUCGCUUCUUGAGAAAACGUCUCUGCCAAUUUUUGGCGUUGUCACUAAGAAAACAUAGCACUUGAACAUAUGGUAUUCUUUCAAAUGAAACUUUAAAAGUCUGAAGUAUCAAAAACCUGGCCAAAAUUUGACGCAUGGCGACGAACGACCAAGAUGAAGCGAAUCAUGUGCUAACCACUUUGAAUGGAGUCUUGGUCUUCGGCUAGGAACAUCAAUUUGAUAUAUCGGAAACUAUGAAAUAUUGAUACACGCGAUCAGUUUAAGGGCAAUCUUCCAUGAUGAAUGCGACAUUUUGCCACCGGCGAAGUGGUAGCUGGCCGUGCGUAACACAUGACUUUUUAUAGCCUUGUACAUUGUAAGAUGGACCAUGAAAAAGCUGCCGAUAUAUGUAAAGUAUAUGUAAAAUAAAUAAAUGCAUCACUGGAAUUUCAC